AUGUUCACGACGAUGAAGCAUGCGUCCCUCCUGAGCUCGACCAUGAAGGACUUCGAGUUCCUGCAGAGUGCCAUGGAUGUCCUGGAAGGUGCCUUUCCUAUCAUGGUGGAAGUCUGGGACAGCGAUGUGACGAGAUCCCAGUUCAUCGGAGAGGUUGGUGUGGGCCUGUCCUUGGGAGAGCAGAGCUAUACCUUGCCGCUACGACCCAACAAGAAUUGUGGCACGAAGAGCUUGGAGAAGGCCGAGAAGGGAUCUAUUGGCACAGUCACCUUCACCACAAAGGUUGAGAUGGGCGCCAAGACGCUGUGUAACCCGGGCAAAACAGAGGAGUGCGCUCCGAUCACUGUGACGGUGUCUUGUGACAAAGCUUCUGGAUUGCCCUCAAUGGAUCAAUUCUCAAAAUCAGAUCCCUACUGCAAGGUUCGGCUGAAAUCUUCGGAUACACAGCCCUCGGCACAUUUCAAGACCAAAGCCAUCGACAACACGGCAAACCCUGACUGGACCAGUAUGGAGCACAGCUUCACUGCCUCCUUCCUGGUGCUGGUCGACGAAGACAGGCCCUGGAGCAUUGACUCCAUGAGCUUGACCGGGCAGUUCAUGGCCAACACGCGGCUCAUGGCCAAGAUGAUGGUUCUCGGCGGGGUGGAGUGUCCAGACAUCGAGUCAAAAUCCAAGAGGCAACAGCAGGUCUGCGAUCUGCUUUGGGCGCCCACAACGUCUAUCGACCCUGCCACGCUUCAGGAAGCGGCGGGGUCUUUGAAUGCCGAAGAUGCCCAAGUAAUAGCCAAAAUGGCAGAGGAUACCAAGGAUGCAGGCAGUGAAAGCAGCUUGACAGAGAUGGGCCUUGGCGACGACGAGUCCCAGCGCGCCCUCCUGGCAAGGCCGGGUUGCAGUUGUUGCCACAUGGCCCGUCAUCGAAGGGCACGUCGCCAUACUCACUACCAUGGUCGCACCUACUACAGCGGGCACUCCUACGACCGUCGUCGCUACUAUCGGAGCACUCCCCGUGUGUACAACCAUCGGGAUCCGGACCCCAAAGAAGACGGAAAGGUGACCGUGAUUGCUGCGGUUCUCGUCCUCUUGCUCAUCUUCUUGUGA